AUAAGUUAGAGCAAGGGAAAGAAAUAUAAUCGAAUAGGAGGGAAAGGGAAGACUGGAAGCGAGACAGAGUUGACGGCUGUUCUGCCUGGCACCUGAUGGCAAUGCCUUGAGAAAUCCUUCCAGCGUGCAAACAACUCACAUUGCAGCAGCAGAUGAGGAGAGACGUGGCUCUCCCAGUGCAGAGUCCCACUCACCCUCCUACAAAAUCCCAGCAGCAGAGGCAGGGUACAGUCUAGCAGGGGUGGCAGCAUGGGGGACUCUGAAUCAGAGUCCACCUUGCACAACAACUCACUGUGGUGGCUGGCAUGUGGGAUGUUAGCUCUGUUGGCCAACUCUUGGAUCAUCCUCAGCAUCACGGCCAAACAACAGAAACACAAGCCUCUGGAGCUGCUGCUAUGCUUCCUUGCUGGCACACACAUCCUUAUGGCAGCAGUACCCCUCACCACCUAUGCCGUGGUGCAGCUGCGGCGCGAGUCCUCUGACUACGACUGGAAUGAAAGCAUCUGCAAGGUCUUUGUCUCCACGUACUACACCCUGGCACUGGCCACCUGCUUCACCGUGGCCUCCCUUUCCUACCACCGGAUGUGGAUGGUGAGGUGGCCGGUCAACUACCGCCUGAGCAACGCCAAGAAGCAGGCUCUGCACGCAGUCAUGGGGAUCUGGAUGGUGUCAUUCAUCCUCUCCACCCUGCCCUCUAUCGGCUGGCACAACAAUGGCGAGCGCUACUAUGCCCGUGGCUGCCAGUUCAUUGUCAGCAAAAUAGGGCUGGGCUUCGGUGUCUGCUUUAGCCUCCUGCUGCUCGGAGGAAUCGUCAUGGGCUUGGUGUGCGUGGGUAUCACCUUCUACCAAACCCUGUGGGCACACAGAAGACGCCGGCGGUGCCACCAUCAGAGAGCGGAAGAAGCGUCAUCCUGCUCUUCAUCAGCACACACCACUUUCAAUGUGCCGGCAAUUGUGGUGGAGGAUGUACGAGGCAAAAGGAGGUCUUCACUGGACGGCUCCGAGUCAGCCAAGACCUCCUUGCAGAUGACCAACCUCAUAAGCGCCAUUGUGUUCCUGUAUGACACGCUCACUGGGGUGCCUAUCUUGGUCGUGAGUUUUUUCAGCCUGCGCUAUGAUACGGCCCCCACCUGGAUGGUUCUGGCUGUGCUCUGGUGUUCCAUGGUGCAGACCUUGCUGCUCCCCUCUUUCAUCUGGUCCUGCGAGCGCUACCGAGCAGAUCUCCGCACCGUGUGGGAACAGUGUGUGGCUAUCAUGUCUGAGGAAGACACAGAGGAUGAUGGUGUGUGUGAUGAUUAUGGUGAUGGCAGGAUCUGCAAAGUGAGAUUCGAUGCGAACGGCGCUGCAGCUGCAAAGCGGGACUCCCGGGACAUCAAGCUGCUGCCCAUGCACCACAUGUUGUUGCCCCAGGACAAAGUGCACUACCUGCAGGUCCCUAUCUCACGCAGAAUGUCACAUGAUGAGACUAACAUCUUCUCCGCCCACCGCUCUGCUCCAUCCUUCCUACACAAGUGGUCUUCAUCUGACGACAUCCGCAUUUCCACCCCCCGCAAGCCUGGGGGCCCUGGUUUCUUGCCUCCCCAGCUGCAUGACUACCAGCACCGCCGGCGGCCCCCAGAAGAUGAGCUGACGACCCUACGGCAAUUUUUGGAGGGGGGGCUGUUGCCCCGGGGCUCCAGCUCCAGCACCUGCUUCUUCCGAGAUGAGAUCACCACGUUCAUUGACGAGACGCCACAACCCACCCCAGCCUGCAGCCCACGACACUCUCGUCUCCUGCUUGCAUCACGGCGCGACCGCCGCCUCUCCCUCGGCAGCAGGGAGGAGGAGAAUUCCGACCGGCCACGGCGCUGCUCCGUACUUGGCAAUGAAGUCUGGCAUCUGCAGGACGGAGAGCAGGCGCCAUGUGAAAGGACCCUAGAGGCCUCCGAGCCACAGACCUGCCAGGACCCCAAACUAUGAGAGACAGCAUCAAAAACAUUCAGUGCCAUCACAGUUUUUAAAUAAAACUCCAAGCAUUCCCUUUGUCCCGGGACCCGAUCACUAAUUUGCAUUCUCAUCUUUCUCGCCAGCAGGCAGAAAACACGGCACCCAUGCUGGUGGGGGAAAAGAAGUGGAAAAAAAGUGGAAAAAGAAGGGGAAAAAGAAGGGAGCACAACGGACGGACGGACAGACAGCCUGUGCCUGCUCUCAGGUUACAAACACAUCCACCGCUGCCACCACCACUUGGCACCCUUACCAGUCCUGUCCUUUUGUGAACUCCACCCUCGCAUCCGCUCUGCCCUAAGAGACAAGACAGGCGCAGAAUGGUAUUAAAAUUCUAUAUUUGGAGUGUCAA